AAACAUGCUCAAGGCAAGCUAAAGUUUGAUAUACAGAUCAGAGAGAGAGAGAGAAAGAGGGAGAGAGGGAGAGCGAUGACGAAGUUGCACUUUUGCAUUGUAAUUGUUGCUGCGUUAAUCUCAAUUGUUUCUGCAAAGGAAUCGGAUGAAGUUACCAAGCUCCAUAUCGGCAUCAAGUACAAGCCAAAGUCCUGUGAGAUCCGAGCUCAAAACGGUGACAGAAUACAAGUGCAUUACGAUGGGAUGCUCACAGAUGGAACAGUUUUUGAUUCCAGCUAUGACAGGGGUGAGCCAAUUAAGUUUAAGCUUGGUCGUGGUCGAGUAAUCAAAGGUGUGUAAUUUGUUGCUUCCUGUUGUUUUAUGUAUAAACACUGUCACUCCCCAGUUGAGAUAGAAAUGUGCAUGGAAUUUCUGCAGGUCUUUAA